AUGGAGAAAGUGGAAAAGGUGGGAGUUGAAUUUCUGGGAAUAGAAGAAGAAACUGAAACACUCUCAGGAAUUCUAUUCCCCAGAUUGGAACGACUUUCUUUUGAGAGCAUGUACAACUGGGAAGGAAUAACAAAGGAGGAUUCUUCUUCUGAUAUUACAAUAAUGCCUCUCCUUUAUAUCUUGGAAAUAUACGAGUGCCCAGAGCUCAUAGCACUGCCAAACUUCCUCUACAAGAUAACAACACUGCGUACUUUGACGAUCGAGCGUUGUCCAAUUCUCGAACAAGACUACGAAAAAGGCGUGGGGAAGGAGUGGCAUAACAUUUCUCACAUCCCAAACAUCACAAUUCGACCUGAAUCUGAAUCUGAACCUGAGCCUGAAACUGAAUCUAAAUCUAAAUCUGAAUCUGAAUGA